AUGGCCGACGUGCAGUUAUAUGUUUAUGACAUUUCGAAUGGCAUGGCCCGAUCUCUUUCGCUCAUGUUGACUGGACAGCAUUUCGAUGCUAUCUAUCAUACUGCCGUCGUCAUAUUUGGUACCGAAUAUUUCUUUGGUGGAGGUGGGAUUGAAGGAUCGACGCCUGGAGGAUCUCCAUUCGGAAAUCCAUUAGAGGUCGUUGACAUGGGCCAAACUCAUAUCCCACACGAAGUAGUCAUGGAAUACAUCGAUUCCCUGAGGGGAGUCUACACUGGCGACAAAUAUCACUUGCUGGACUCGAACUGUAACGACUUUUCAAAUGCCUUGUGCCAAUUCCUGGUCGGCAAAACAAUCCCAGAUCAUAUACUCAGUCUCCCUGCAAACUUCUUAUCGACACCUUUUGGAAAUCAAUUGAGGCCCAUGAUUGAAAACAUGUUUGGGGCGUCGAGACACCCUACAGCAGUAUCAACACCAUCAGCAGCUGCUCCUGCAAACGGUCAAUCAUCCUCCCUAUUACAAAACAUAUUCACCAUGCAACAACUAGAACCAAUACUAGCUCAAAACCGAUGCGUCGUGUUGGAUUUCACGUCACAGACGUGUGGACCUUGUAGAAUGAUUGCUCCUCAUUUCGAAAACCUGAUACAGGAAUCUAUAAAUUAUAAACCAGCAGGAGUCAAACAAACUACAAACACAGGUGUCGUCGGUGUCAAGAUUGAAACACCAAUGUCUCAGUCAAUAGCAAGCCAUUACAAUGUCAACGUAACGCCCACAUUCAUCUUUAUUCUCGACGGGAAAGUCAUGAGUCAGUUUAAAGGUGCCGAUGUGGCAGAACUCAAGUCGUCAAUCAACCUACUGCAAUUUUCUGCAUAUCCGCCACACAAACAUGGGAAAGUCGCAACGCCAAUACUGGAUUCUUUUUCUGUUGCACCGAUAACGUUCUCUGCCUCGACUUCGUUGGAUGCUAUAUUCUCAAAGCUUCAAGGCUUCUUGGGUGUAGAUGUGGAUGUGAAUUUUUGGAAUGCUAUAAAGGAAUCCAUGAAAACCAGGUCUCCUCUGCCCUCUGGUUGGAACGUCGCCAUUCAAGGUGCACUCGAAAAAUUAGCUCCCGAUCAAGUCUUUCCCUUAUUGGACAUUAUCCGUUUACUGGUGCUUGAUCCCAUCGCCUUGCAAACACUCAUAUCUGAAGGAAUACUCGUAAAAACAGUAUCAAAGUACGGAAGCGGUAAACAGAUACGCGCAGUCAGUCUCAUGGUGCUACGAGUCGGAUCAAACAUGUUUGCAACAGCCAAUUCAACCAACUAUAUAACAUCAACCCAAAAAACGACAUUUGGUCUGAUACCAAGGCAAUUACUCACCAGCUUACUAGUGGACUCAUUACUGCAUGAAGAUCCUACAGUGCAUCAGGCUUCUGCUUCGUUAGCCUUCAAUUUAGCUCGAUAUAUUCACGAAUCGUAUCCAGAUUGUGACGAAGACUUUGCUUGUGAGAUUGUUGCUGGUGUUAGUCAAGCAGUUGCAGCAGUCAAGGAUGAAGAAACUAUUUUGAGGCUCCUCGCUGCUUUGGGCCUAUUGAUAAAGUAUGCUCCAGAGACCGUAUUGGAACUCUGUAGAGCACUGGAGGUGGAAGGUGUUGUAAAGAGCUCGACACAGUCCUUCAACACAUCGUCCAAGGCAUAUCUGCUCAGUAAAGAGUUGAACAAGAUGCUGGAAUUGUGA